CUCCCAGUGGGUGGGUCUCUCUCCAGGUUCUCUAGGAAGCCCUCUUUAGCCACACGCAGGACAGAGCAGAGGCUGCCAUUACCUCGCAGGCGGACAGAUGAGUGCAGGUGUGUCCUGGUUUAACCAUUAAACAUCAGCUUUAUCCAGGAACGUUCCUGCUGAACGACUAGAAAACGCCGAACGCUUGGGAAGUUUCACCUGCUUUGGGAAAAAUGUUGGGAAGGAUCGUCUUCUUCCUCUGCCUGCCAUCUGUUUUGGCUGCACAGCUUUGCAAACCAAAUGCUGCCGAGGGCUUCAAAGUUCGACUCAGCAUCAAAACCGCUCUGGGAGAUAAAGCUUAUGAGUGGAAUAGAAAUCAACGGUUCCUCUUCCAAGCAGCCAUUGCUUUUGCCAUGAGCCAUCACUUGGAACUAGAAUUUAACGUGUCAAAUAUCCUCGUGUGUGAUGAGACUCCCAGAGUGUCCUUUUGGUUUGUGGUCACGUCACCUGGCGACCCCUCACGUCUCGUAGGCAAAGAAAGCGUGGAGUUGGCUGUCAGGGAGUCCAGGAGCCGCAUCAACAACAUCCUCCUGCUCAAUGAUGCGACUCUGGAGUUUGUUGGCGUCCUGCCCACCCUGACAGCCCCUGUUAAACCUGCGACCCCUUCGUGGCUCAUUGUGUUUGGGGUGGUGAUAGGCAUGGUUGGCGCUGGCAUCGUCUUUCUGCUCGUGUCCACGGUGGUCCAGAAGAAACGCAAGAAGAACGAGGUGGCAGAAGAGGAGGACGAUGAUGAAGAGGCGCAGAUGAAGAGGACGGCUGGAAAUGAAGGCAUUUACAACACUUCAUUCUCAGAAUAUGACCGAAAUACACAAAUGUAAAAGAAAAAAUAAAAUCUUGCGACAUAAGUCUUCCAUGUAAACAGAUGUAAUGGGAAAAUAUUUAGCUGCUUUGUUUAAAACCAAGUUGGAAACAGUAAUGUUUUAAUAAUGUGCAAAAUUGUAAUAUUACUACAGAGAUGAUCUUUAUGCUUUAAUUUUUGUUCUCAGAUGGUCUCUGCAAAGCAUGUACUUUUGUUUCUGCCAAACCCGGCACAUAAAGCACCCUUUUGUUUUUAUACCUGUUCUUUAUUCAAACAUGUUGUCUCAUGUGUGAUGUCUGAAUUUUAAUUAAAGAUUUCUCUCAAA